UGCAGGGAGCUUUAUGCAAUUUGCCUAUUUUUCGUCAUAAAUAUUUUUGAAAUCGUCAAUAAAACCGCCUGUUAUUGCAAACUGUCGGGUACAGACACUGAUCCGUUUGUUGAGUAGCGCCAAAUUGAAGUCUCAUUCAAAACAGUAAGAACUAAGAAGUCGAUUUUUUCUUGCUCAUUUUUCCAAUUUCAAAUCAAAGAAAUUAGCAUGAAUUUGAAUUCUCUCGUCAAAAUCCGAAAACCUCGUUUUUUUCUUCCUCUCCGUCGAUCAAUUUUGUCAUUCUUCUCAUAUUCUUUAAACAGUAAAAGCACUGAAGCAGCUUCACAGCUCAUAAACCCUACCGUCGUUCACCCUGCCGCUAUCGUUCAUCCAAAUGCCCUAAUCGGCGAGGGAGUUAAUAUUGGACCGUUCUGCACCGUUGGAUCAUCUGCUAAGCUAGGGAACGGUUGUCAAUUGCAUCCUGGUAGUCAUGUUUUUGGUAAUACAGAGUUAGGGGAGCAUUGUGUUCUGAUGACUGGUGCUGUGGUUGGUGAUAAUCUUGCUGCUGGACAUACUAAAAUCGGAGAUAAUAACGUAAUCGGUCAUCAUGCUGUUGUUGGUGUUAAAUGUCAAGAUAUGAAAUACAAGCUAGGUGAUGAAUGCUUUCUUGAAAUUGGGAAUAACAACGACAUUAGAGAGUAUGCUUCAGUACACCUAUCUUCAAAGUCAAAUGACCAAACGAUCAUUGGAAAUAAAAAUCUUAUCAUGGGGUCUUGUCAUAUUGCGCAUGAUUGCAGCAUUGGCAACAAUAACAUUUUUGCUAAUGGUACUCUUCUAGCUGGCCAUGUUGUUGUGGAAGAUUAUACUCACACUGCUGGCGGUAUUGUUGUUCAUCAAUUUUGCCACAUUGGUUCAUUUUCUUUCAUUGGUGGUGGGUCUGUGGUUACUCAAGAUGUCCCUAAGUAUGCACUGGUGGCUGGUGAAAGAGCUGAGCUUCGUGGCCUAAAUUUGGAGGGUCUUCGGCGAAAUGGAUUCUCAGCCACACAGAUCCGGAGUCUGAGAAUGGCGUACAGAAGGAUAUUCAUGCCUACUGAUGCUAAUUCUGCACAUUUUGAAGAACGUCUUGUGGAAGUGGAACAAGAUGAAGAAUUGGGUAAUGAUCCUGUUGUAGGCUCCAUGGUUCAGUCUAUUCGUGAUUCUUUUGCACAAAAUCGCCGUGGAAUAUGCAAGUUCAGACAUUUUAGUUGCUCUUGACGAUAGACUUUUUUUUUAUUAUCCGAGUUUCUGCCUCUUUUGAGUUGUAAAGCAUUUUCUGCCUGGGAAAGUUACUCUGUAUGCUCCUUGUCGAUUUUGAUCCUGCAACAAGUUACAUAGGUUGAGGUAGGCUUAUUCAUAUUCCGAAAGUUCACAUACUUUUUAUAUAAAAUUUGUAGCGUCGUUAAGCUGUAGGCUAGACACUCGCUCACUGUUAGAGUUAUUCUAGGUUGCUUUGGAUACAAAUAUUCCGUUGUAGAGACUUUAAUAAGUUCAGAAAUUACGAGCUGAAGCAGAUUACAAAUUAUGCGCAGCGAGAAAUCUUCUGAGAAA